GAGCGCACGGCAAACAUGGCGGCGUUGGCGUGGGCGCUGGGGACGCGGGCAGCUGUUACAGCCCUGCUGAGGCCCCCUCAGGCUGCAGCUCUUGCCGUCAGAUAUGCGUCCAAGAAGACAGGUGGCAGCUCCAAAAACCUUGGUGGAAAGUCACCAGGCAAACGCUUUGGCAUUAAGAAAAUGGAGGGUCACUAUGUUCAUGCCGGCAACAUCCUUGGGACUCAGCGCCACUUUCGUUGGCACCCAGGUGCCCAUGUGGGGCUGGGGAAGAAGAAGUAUCUGUACGCCCUGGAGGAAGGGAUUGUCCGCUACACUAAGGAGGUCUAUGUGCCCCACCCCAGCAACUCGGAGGCUGUGGAUUUAGUCACCAAGCUGCCCAAGGGAGCUGUGCUCUAUAAGACUUUUGUUCACGUGGUUCCUGCCAAGCCUGAGGGCACCUUCAGACUGGUAGCUAUGCUUUGAGUUUCCAGUCAAGACCGUUUGACAGAGACGAGCCCCGGUGAAAGGAGCUGGUGGUACCAGAAGUCAAGGGUUCGGGUGACAAGGCCUCCUGAGGAAGAAAAGUCUGUGAAGUUACUGGCUCGGGAACCCUUUGGAUACCUGACCUGGGGCCAAAAAUAAAGUUAACUGGAGUCAUGAGUCUGUGCUGUUUGGGGACAA